AGCUCGCGCUCUCAUUCUCUUUCUGCAGCGCGUGCAGCUUGCGCAGAAAUGACGUGUGUCAUCCGAGAAGCAGCAGCAGCAGAAGAAGGAGCUGUUCCCAUGAGACCGGGCUGAGCCGCACUCUGACCCCCCGAUGCUGCUCCGAGUCCGGCUUUACUGCUCCAGCCUGUUCAAGCUGUUGACACACAGCCUCCUCCCACUGUGACAUCACAGUCUGGCAUCAUCAAUCAGCUGACACAGGUGGAGGAUGUUGCCUUGGACCCAUGACAGUGAUGCCAAAAAAAGACCUAGAGAAGCAAAACAGGAUGAAGGUGAGUCUGACAUGACGAUGUUGAAAGACGACCCCACCAGCCAAUCGGACGCCGCGGUUAAGCCUCAGGAUGUCAGCUCUGACUCUGCGGAGGAGGCGGUGCUGUCGAACAGGGAGGUGUUACCGUGGCAACAAAAAGAGGAAGAGCACGAUGAAGCAGAGACACAGGCGGUGGCAUCAUCACCCGACGGACGAUUCCUGAAGUUCAACAUUGAGAUCGGUCGAGGAUCCUUUAAGGCGGUUUACAAAGGCCUCGAUACAGAGACUACGGUGGAGGUGGCCUGGUGUGAGCUGCAGACUCACCGCCUGAACAAGGUCGAGCGUCAGCGCUUCAGCGAGGAGGUGGAGAUGCUGAAAGCUCUGCAGCAUCCCAACAUCGUGCGAUUCUACGACUCCUGGAAGGCGACGCUGAGGGGACACAAAUGCACCAUCCUGGUGACGGAGCUCAUGACGUCCGGGACCCUCAAGACAUACCUGCGCAGGUUCCGUCAGAUGAAGCUGAAGCUGCUGCAGCGUUGGAGCCUCCAGAUCCUGAAGGGGCUUCAGUUCCUGCACUCACGCUCCCCCCCGAUAAUUCAUCGAGACCUCAAGUGUGACAACAUCUUCAUCACCGGGCCCACAGCCUCCGUCAAGAUCGGAGACCUGGGCCUCGCCACGCUCAAGAAGGCCUCAUUCGCUAAGAGCGUGAUUGGAACUCCAGAGUUCAUGGCUCCAGAGAUGUAUGAGGAGAAGUACGAUGAAGCCGUGGAUGUUUACGCCUUUGGUAUGUGCAUCCUGGAGAUGGCAACCUCUGAGUAUCCGUACUCUGAGUGUCAGAACGCUGCCCAGAUCUACCGCAAGGUCACCAGUGGAAUCAAACCAGAGAGUUUUUCCAAAGUGACAGUCCCAGAGCUGAGGGAGAUCAUUGAGGGCUGCAUCCGAACCAAAAGCAGUGAGAGGUUCACAGUUCAGGACCUGCUGGACCACCGCUUCUUCCAGGAGACGCUCGGCAUCCACGUGGAGCUGGCAGAGGAAGACGAUGGUUUGAAGACGUCGCUGAAGCUCUGGCUCCGGAUGGACGACAACAAGAAGCUUCGCGGCAAAUAUAAAGACCACAAUGCCAUUGAGUUUGUGUUCGAGCUGUACAAAGAUGUCCCCGAGGAGGUGGCUCAGGAGAUGGUGGUGCUGGGCUUUGUGUGCGAGGCAGACUAUAAGGUGAUUGCCAAGGCGAUCAGAAACCGGGUGACGACAGUAAAGCGUCAGCGGGAGAAACGGCGCCGCCUGGAGGAGGAGCAGCUCAAACAUCAGAAAGAAGCUGUCAUUGAAGAGGAGUCUGACCCUGCCCCCCAGCCAUCUGAGCUGUCCAAUCAGAAACCAGCCACAAACACUGCUGAUGGGAAGCGGGACUCAGCUGCCACCCCUGCCAGGACAAGUAUGACAUCAUCUGUGAUGUCAUCGAGCAGCAGUCUGAUAGGUUCUGGGAUCAGCAGCGUGUCCAGCCGGAUGGGAGGAUACAGGAAUGAGGAAGAUGACAGGACCGCCAGACCUGCCUCCUACUCCUCUGCUACCUCCGACUGUGAGACAGACGUCUCCUUCAGCUCCUCAAGCGUCCCGGAGAAGGUUGAAGCCCCACCUCCUCCAGCUACAAACCCCGCCCCUCCACCUGUGGCCCAGGAAACCCCUCGACUUGAGGCUCCUCCCCCUGUGAGCCGGCCCCCAUCCAAGCUCAAACCUCCGCCCUUGCCGGUGCUGCGUUUCCCAAAGAGCAUCGCUGUGUCCCACAGUUUGGCGCAGCCAUCACCUGGAUCAGCCUGUGGCUUCUCCUCACCUGUUGACAGCGGCACCUCUGACGUGACCUCAGGUUUGAGUGAUGGCACUGACGGCCAAUCAGAUAAGGGCAGUCAGGACAUCACUAAAAGAACCUCUGCAAAACAGUUCAGGAGGAGAACGCGGGCUCGUCUUAGAAUCACAGGAGUGUCAGACAUGGUGGACAGAGUGGUGGAGUGUCAGCUGCAGACUCACGACAGCAAGAUGGUGACGUUUAAGUUCGACCUGGAUGGAGACAAUCCAGAAGACAUUGCAUCAGUGAUGCUCCACAGAGACUUCAUCCUGCCGUUAGAGCGGGAAGGAUUCAUAGCUCGCAUGUAUGAGAUCAUCAAGAGGGCGGAGUCAAUGAUGCAUCCUCGUCCACAGGCAGACCCUGACAAGUUGUCUCGCCUGAACACCUCCAUACUGCCAGAAACCCAGAUGAACCUCUCGGCAGGGAGCCUCUCCAGAUCUCUGUCCUCGUCCUCAUUACCUGAUAUGGACAGUGUUGAUCCUUCUCCAUUGAAGGGAGCUGACUUUUCCAUUGACCCUGAAGCCACGCCCCCUGUCAGAUCACUGAGGUCACAGUCUUUUCACACAUCUUCAGCAUCUUCAUAUCAGCCCCCCAUUUACUCUGUCAGUUACCCCCACCUAGACUCCUCUGCAGCUUCCCCUUCUCACCUGUCUCCUGGUCACCAGUAUCACCUCCCAGCUCACCCCUACUACACCUACACUGCCUCCCUCCCCACCCAGAGCCCCGCCUCCAGUCUCCACAGAGUCCGUAGUAACCCUUCCCUGCAUAACCCCUCCUCCUCUUCCUCAGGCCCUCCUCCUCAGUGGGCUCCUCCUGACCAGUCUCUCCUCUCUCUGGCCAAUGUGCUCUCUCUGGCCAUGAGCGUAGCCCAGUCCUUCAUGCCCCCACCUAGAGCCCCAAACCAGGGAUUUCAACCCCACCCCCCAUUUACCACUCCCCAGGCCACACAGUCUCCUCCUCUAUCUCCAUCCUUUGGCCCUAACCUCCACCAUCAGAGCCAGACCCCUUUUGCCCCUCCGUUCUUCCCUCAACAACCCUACCCUACACCCACACCACAGACGGGCUCUGCCUCAGAUGCCCAGCAAGUGGUGUCUCCAAGCUGGAUUCCAGACUCACCUCAGAUGGAAAAGGCGUGGGGACAGUCUCAUACUCCAGUCCAGCCGAAGGUCACCUCAGCCUCGCCCCCUCGUGGUUCAGAGACAGUCUCUACUCCCAGCUCAUCCAGUGCUCCCAGUCACAGGGGAGAGCUCGCUCACUCCUCAGCCUCUUACCCUCCUCAGCCCACUCCAAACAAAAAAGUGUCCCCCCCUGUUUCCCCUUCACUCAGACUGUCCCCCAUUCAGGAAGCAGAGAGACCUUCUGCCUUCACCAUUGGUCGUUUCCAGGUCACGCCUUCUAAGGAUGCUCCUGCUCCCCGACAUCAGGAGCCACGCUCCAUCAGUCAGGCCACGCCCACUGCUCACUCCCCACCUCCUUCCAGGAAGAACCAGUCAGAGAGCAACACAGGAAGCAGCACAGAAAGCAGCGAAUCAGAGAACAGCAUCAGCACAGUGACGCUGUCCCCGCUUGUGAACAAGAACAACAACCCUGGAGGUCAAGAGGAGAGGAGGAGCAGAGAAGAGGAGGGAAACCUGAAAAGGAGGGAAGAUGAGGAGGAGACGAAGAGGAAAGGGGGCCGCCGACUGGGCGUCAGUCUGCGGGAGGGGUCAGCCAUCAGUUUCAGCCAAUCGUGGAGUCGCUCUGCGACCUACAGCUCUGACGAUUCAGACAGUGAGAAUGGGGAGAUGUGGGAGGAGCUACAGGAACUUCGGGAAAGACACCUGGUGGAGGUGCAGAACCUGCAGGUCAGUCAGAAGCACGAGAUCGAAGGGUUGUACCGCCGGAAGGGAAAAGUCCCACCCCCUGGAAUCGUCCCUCCCGCCGCCAUGCUGAACAACCGGCAACGACGCUUCUCAAUGUCAGGAAACUAUCAGUCUUCUCGCAAAAACAGCCUGCAGAGGCUGGAUAUGCCGCCCCCUGCAGGUAUCAUGAGGAAGACCUCGAUCAGCAGCAGCAGCAGUGGAUCUCAGGAGAGAGCAGGGAAAGGCGUGACCUUUGCCCCCGAACACAGCUGCAUGUGAGUAAGGAGCUACUGAAGAUGAGAAGAUGAUCACCUGAGAAGACAAACCGAAGAGGAGGAUGCAGUGCAGUACUCUGAUGUUUGAAUGUCUCGUAGUUUGAACUUUUAGACAUUUCAGCACUUUAGGCAGAAGAACUGAACCUCAGUGAGACUCAGAGGUCAGAGGUCAGAGGUGAGGACUUUCAGACACGAACUCUGAGUGUGAUCAGAAACGAGCUGCAGCCGUUCAGCACGUUAAAGCCUUAAAGAGGAGAUGAAGAGGAUCCAGUGGACACAGUCAGAUCUUCAUCCACAAACAUGAAGUCAUAAAUCUGUGAAGUGCUCCUUUAAAACCUGUUCUAGUGCCACAGAGAUGAUUGUGUGUUUAUUGUGAUGUAACUGAUGAAGUGUUAAGCCUUUACUGGUUCAUUCCUCUGAAUUGUUUUUGAAGGUCCAGCGAGCCUGCAGAGAGUCUGUCCUCAUGGACUCUGAGGUGCCUCAUUUAAGAAUCGUGUUAUUGAUGACAGAAGCCUGCAGAGAUGAAAAUGUGGGCUUUAAGCUUUUUUUGUGCUUCAGUUUGUAAAGUUUGAAUUGAGAUAUUUGUGUUGAAUAAAGAUCUCUGAG